AUUUAAAGAUGGCUGCGCCCUUGAUGAACGUUCGCCGAUACUGAUUCGAGGUGUACAUGGUUUCUGGACCUUCUGACAGGGACAAAAACUCUGUCUUACCUCAACUUGUGAUCCUGUAUUGCCAUGUUUUUUCAACCCGCAAGCCAACCUGAGAUCAUCCGCAGUAACCAAAAAGACCAGUUCUAUGUGGAUUUCCUGCGGAAUUCUCUUGCCGACAUUUGCCAGUCAUUUGUAGGACCAAGAGUAUGGGCCCGAUGGAGAAAGGAACUGGAUGUCUUGGGAGAAAUUUUGUACUUUGGCCUCACCACUGUAGCAGGUUAUCAGACACUCGGUGAGGAAUACGUUAAUAUCCUCCAAGUGGAUCAUACACGCAGGGCAGUUCCAUCGCCAAAGAGACGUCUAGCACUUGUACUUCUCUAUGCCUGCUCACCUUAUCUGCUGGACAGGCUGCUUGCCUACAUCCCCAGACUUUUAGAAUCAGACCAGGCCAGAGCAGGGCUGAGCCCGGAGGUCCGGCAGCGAAUCUCCCAGUGCAUCCCCGUGCUGAGGCAAGCCGUCAUGAUCAUACAGCGGGCCCACAUUGCCGUGUUCUACCUCAGGGGAGUGUUUUACCAUGUGGCCAAACGCUUGACUGGUAUUCAGUAUUUAAUGGUACGUAGCAGCCUGGGCUCGGGCAGCAUGCGACCCAGCUUCCAUCUACUGGGCUGGCUAUCCGUCACCCAGCUGGUCGUCAGCCUGCUGCAUUCCCUCUACAAGAUGCAGCGGGGAGGAGCGGAUUCAGGAGAAGCUCCCGCAUCAGAGGCAGGAGAGCAGAGAGUCACUGAAGAAGGUGUUGUGACAGAGCCACACCUACGCUGUGCACUGUGCCUUGAGAGGCGGCGAAACUCCACAGCCACACCCUGUGGCCAUCUCUUCUGCUGGGAGUGCAUCACCGAGUGGUGCUCCACAAAGGCCGAGUGCCCACUGUGUCGAGAGAAGUUCCAACUUUCGAGACUCGUCUACCUGCAGAACUUUGACGGAAGGUAACAGUUACUAGAGCACGCCGUAAAGAAAAGUAUGGAAACAGAUAAUCCCAGACAGACAUACCGUUUUUCCAUGAAAAGAGAUCUAUGGGAAAAACGAGUUAGCUGCAUGUGGGUGGCAGGCGAUUCAGACUUUUUGUCCCAUCACCAAUUACUUUCACACUUACCACAGCAAAUACAGUAAAAUUAUUUCUUAAAUGCAAAACCAUACUUGUAUUUCAGACUCUCAGAUUUUCAAACAAGUAAUCCACUGCCGUGCAUAUAUCAUGGGAGAUGGAAGUUUCUUGGUAAUACAUUUGUAUACAUCAGAAGGGGUAACACCCCUAAAUAUGUUUGAAUGAAGUAAUACUAUUUCUAACCUGUCUUACAGACAAUAUAAACUUUUUCUCGGAUCAGCCGAUUCCUUAUUUUUCACUUCACACUUAUGCCAUUGACAAUUGAAAAACCCCGUACACAGUCUUGUAAAGAUUAGAUUUUCAUUGGCUUUUGUCAAAGUCCACGUUGCAUGCCUGUAUAACUCAACUGGUUCGGUGUAAAGUGUGAAGAGGUGGAGUGAUUAUUACAACUUAAAAGCAUACCUGGAAUCCCUGGCAGGGAGUGGUUAAAAUGAAGACAUACGUCUGAUGUCUAGACUUUCCCCUUUUCAUGUUCCCUGUUAAAAUUUUGUAAUAUGUUUAUAAUAAUUGUUUAAAUAAAAAAAUAAGUUGAAGUUGCAUAAAGUGGCUUGAAAUGAGUCUAUUAAAAUUAGACUCCAGUUUGGCCUGUUGCCUUAAUUACUAUAGCAUGUUGAAAUUGUGUCUUUUAUAAAAAUUGUCCUCUUACCCUGGGUAAUGUAUUUGCCAAAAAAGGGCUUUGACAACUUUUUGAGACCAUCAGAAGCCUAUUUGUAGGUAACGAUGGAUGAGGGACACUUGACUGGCAUUAUGACUCACCUUGAGUCUGGCCGACUUGGGAGGACUUGUUCUGAUGACAGGACAACACCAGUGUCCUCACCUGUGCUGUACCAAACGGCAUAUCUUCGCACAAAGACAAAAGAAAGACAUCCUCUGUAUAGUAACAGUGGUUGGGCUCUGCCGCAUCCCAUCCGCCAAGCCCACUAACCCACAGGUGUUGGAUUUCAAUAGCAGUGUUGUAUUUGAGUCCACCACAAGUCCCUGUAAGCCCAUCACAAGUCAGUCAGUCUUAAGCGAAUUCUCAAGCUAAUCCAAUGAGCUGUGAGAAAAGCAUUGUCAUGGACUCGAAUACAACACUCUUCAAUAGACUUGGAGUAGCCGAGGUCAAGACCAAUGCAAAGACUGAUUCACUUUAUCAGUGGUUGGCGUUCAUCAUCCAACUCUCGUUCCGUCUUUGUCACGUUGUAAACGACGAAUGUGGCUGAGCAGAGGGCUGCGGGAAAGGAGGCAUCACUCGCGAAGACGACAAUGGCCAGCUUGGUGUCUGCAGCCAUGGUGAUGAGGCCCAUGACGGCUGACACCACAACCUGAGCCAGGACGGUGACGCUGGUGAGACAGGCCACAUCGGUGCCCAGACCACGCUGGGAGCGCCGGACAUGUCUGUCAGGCCAAGACAUGAAACAAAGCCAGCUGAGAAUGUGAUAAUUUGCCUUGCAGAGUCCUUGUAUCCUUCUUGCUAAUUGCUGAGAUUGGAAUAAUCAACUGCAUGUAUUUGAGAUCAGCCAACUGAUUGCAUCCACAGUGUUUUGAAGAUCGAUCCUGGCAUAAGCCCCUAUCAACGCGGAAAAUGCGAAGUGACGGCCGUCCAUCGGCUAAAGCAUCUCGGCCCAGCGGUGACACGAUUCUUGGUAUCCAUCUUGGUCUUGCGUCCGAGAUCGUCGUGGAUUCUUGGGAGUGAAACCGUCACCCUGUAACCAACUUUGCAAGAAGACUUUUCACAGCUUUCGACAACGAGCAAACGUAAAUUAUUUUUCGUGCCGCAAGUCCUUCAAUGACAAAAAAUCGGAACGGCAAAGAAACAUCAAAUUGAAUUCCAAUGGUUGAGAAUGGCUUUUUUCGUAUUCAUUUGGCGUCUUGCAAUAGGGUUCCAUCCAUCAGACCAAAUCACGACGGCAAUAAAUUGCUUCACCAAAAGUUGAAUCUAAGAAGCUGAAAUUCAUAAGGCCAAACAUUUGAAGUGGCAGAAAGAACUAAACACGUAAAAAUGGAUGGGGAAAGAAUGGAAGA